AACGUGAUGCGAACACGCUGAGAAGUUUGUUUUGGAUGCAGCUCAGUGAUGACAGGACAAGCAUGGAAUUAGGAAAAGCCAAACUUCUGAGGACCGGCCUCAAUACUUUGCACCAAGCCAUUCAUCCGGUCCACGGAAUAGCAUGGACCGACGGCAGACAGGUUUGCCUGACUUCAUUGUACUAUGUAGCCGGUGAGCCUAAAUUUGGUGACACGAAUGUAAUCGGACAGUUUGAACACGUUUUAGGACUUUUCUGGGGACCUCUGUGCUGCUCUGGUUCUCCUGCUCUCCUUGCUGUGCAGCACAAGAAGCAUGUGACAGUGUGGCAGCUCCAGCUCAGCGCCCAUGAACAGAACAAACUGCUGUGCACUCAGACUUGUGAAAUGAGUGAGCCAUUUCCGUUGCUCUCUCAGGGCUGUGCAUGGCACCCCAAACAAGACAUUUUGACAGUUUUGACUAAACAGGAUGCCUCUGUGCUGUUUUCUGUGCGUGUUGAUAACCGCCGAGUCAAAGCAGAUAUCCGUGGAAGUGGUCCGAUCCACUGUGCUUGUUGGACUAAAGAUGGAACCAGGUUGGUCGUUGCGGUUGGCAGCGCUCUUCACUCGUAUAUCUGGAACGACAUCCAAAAAAGUUUGGUUGCCUGCUCGUUUUGUCCCGUUUUUGAUGUGGGAGGCUACAUCUGUUCCAUUAAGUCUACGGAUGAGGCUCAGGUGGCUGUUGCAACAGAACUACCACUGGAUAAAAUCUGUGGGCUAAACGCUGGUGUUGCCUUUGACCUGCCGAACGAAUCAGAGCCACCAUCCCCGCAUCAUUCGCCACUCGUUAUGUCGGAUGAAGACAUUUGCUCAGAAUCAAGAAGAAGGUCGUUCGAUUUUGAGCGUUCUGCCCAUGGGUUCGCGUCAUCCGGACCGAUCGAUCUUACGCACAUUUUGGCUAAACAUCGUAAGUCAGAUCCGAGCCCGCUGAUUCACCUGAGACGACGAGAUCAUUUGACAGGAUCAGGUCAAGACGUGUCUUAUUUGAUUUUGGUCAAUUAUGAGAGAAAGGUCACUACCUCAAGGAAAGUAAGCAUCCCGGGUAUCUUGGUCCCAGAUAUUCUUGACUUUGACCCUCAAGGAAACACAGUAGCAGUGGCUUCCAAUGCCUGUAGCAUGAUUCUGGUCUACUCUAUCAAGCCGUCCUCGAUGCCCAACGUACAGCAGAUUUACUUGCGCAAGAAUGAAAGACCUAAAGGGUUAUGCUUCCUCAGUGGUAAGCUCAUCCUGCUCAUGCUUGGCCGGCAAAGGUCCAGCGAACCGGUCUUUCUUUCAUCCUCUAACACAGACAAAUAUGUCCUCAGGCUUGCAACCCGAGAACUAGUGUUUGACGAGGAUACUACCUCCCCAGUCGUCCAAAAAACAGAAUCUUCUAGCAAUUUACAUGCCGUUAGGAGGCAUUCAGAGAACUCUGCUAAAGAUCUUUGCCCAAAGGAGCUUAUUCUUCCAGGUGGUUCAAUAAUCCAUUCCCCAUAUAACAGAAGAAGGUUAAUUGAGGAAGUGUCUAGCCCUGAGCCAAGCUUGGCAGACAUCUCGGACAAAGCCACCUCCAGCACGUCUUCCAUCACGCUGGAAAACUACGAUAUGGAUCACAUCAGUCGCAUGGCAAAUCUAGCGGUAGCUGGCAGGGUCAGCCGUGAAUCUUCUCAACCGUGUUCUCCUCAGUUUGAAGCUUCUGAAAGGUUGCUUUCUGAUUCUGCUCUGCCCAGGAGCAGCCUUACAAAAGAAAAGAAUCUGGAACUGUUCACACACAACAUGGAGAGGAUAUUCGAGCGCUUUACUGAAGUGCAGCAGUGUUUAUCAGAAAUCAAAAACUUUGCACAGAAUGGCAAAAAAGUCAUCAGCAGCUACCCAGCGGCCUGUGAACCGCAGUAUGUCCAUGUCACAUGUCAGAGGCAGCUAUCAGAAAACGUGUACACAGAUGAAAGGAGAUCGGUGCUGUUGUGUGAGGGAAAGUUGUGUCUUCGAGUUGUUCAGGAACUUUUCAACCUGACCGUUGUGGAAAUGAUGCAUGGACUAACGUGGAUCAUCUUGGUGGCAGAUGCUGAUGGAUUUGUACCUCUCACUUUCAAACACCAGGAGGAGCUCACGAUACGGAACGCAAUAAGAAAGUUUCCCAUCAGACCUCUCAGCAGCAGUAAUGACAUAACCUCUGAAUAAUCCUUCAUCUUGUACAGAACAAUCAGUUUAAGCAUCUUAGCCUUUCCAACACGAGCUCCUCUGACUGUGGAAGCUAAAGGUAUAUUGGAUAACAUGUCACAAAGGCUGUGUUCACAUUGCAGGAGUGUAUCGGACUGUGCAAAAAAUGAAUCUUACACUGUACAGUAAGUUGUAAAUAGUAGUAAUACACAAUUCAGAUAUUUCUAUUCUUCAGUUUUUAGGUAACGUACUUUGAAUAAUGAUCAAUGAAU